CGUUUAAAAGCAGAAAUCUGCGCUCAGGUUAAGUGGUCGUGGCGAUGUGCUUAUUGCUCGGUGCAACUGGAGUUGUAAAAACGCUUUUACUGAAGCGACUACAGAAUAUCCUUCACCAGCUGUUUACACUAAUGUUAGAUAGGCUGCAUGCUGUGCUUCCCUAAAGAGUUUCUUAAUGUAGUUUCACAUUUGCAGUCAGGUACAGUUUGGGCUGCAGGUGAUAUUAAAACUGUUGCUCUAAUGUUAAUGAAUAUGGCUUCUUUAUCUGCACUAACAGUUGUGCCAGAUGGACGUGGAUUUGGGUGAAGCGCCCGUCACGCUGCCCACGGUCGGCACCAACCUCACAGACCUUAUACUCCGGAAGAGGAAGAUAACCGUACGAGAGUUGGGAGGCUGUAUGGGUCCCAUUUGGCCAAAAUACUAUGUAGAUUGCACACCUGUUAUAUUUGUGGUGGACUGUGCCAACAUUGUCCAGAUUUCGUCGUCUUGCGUCCAGCUGCUGUCUGUUCUCUCUGCGGAGCCACUGCACUCUGCUGCUGUGCUCAUACUCUUCAACAAGAGGGAUCUUCCAUGCACCAUUUCUUUUGUGGAGCUGAAGUCGUUGUUCAGGAUGGAUGAGAUCAUUAGAACUGCACCUCAGUCGAUCACAACACUAGAGAUCAGCGCUCGCUCCGGACAGGGCCUUCAGGAUGUGCUCAGCUGGCUGUUUUCAAAUCACUCUCAUGAUACGUGAUAGAUAUGGAUGCAGAGAACUGCGGGGGUCACAGUAAACAAACAUCAGACAAAUGUGACGUGAAGAUACACUUGUGAUUUUCAGUCAUCUCAUGCGUGAGCUCAACUUGGAGGACUUUUGAUGACCAUUGUGCUGUUCCAAACAUGUAUGACUUCCUGUGCUCUGUGGAACCGCUUAAUU